AUGAACAAGUUUUUGAAAUGAGCCAAUAGCAAAGUCAAUGCAAUUGACAUGUUCUCCAAACCUGUGAGCUUGACUUACCAGAAAAAAGAGAAGUUCACAACCUUCUUUGGUGGCAUUGUCACUGGGAUGUUAAUCUUAGGGUUGAUAGCAUAUGGCAUUCAGUUGUCGAUACAGAUGUUUACAAGAUCAGCUACAAGUAUGUCAAAGAAUGUCAUUAAGAGAGACCAGAUCUUGGUAUCCGAUUAUUAUAAUUUGGGAGAUGAAGAACUCAAAUUUGCAGUUUAUAUGGUAGAUGAUAAUACCGCCAAUGGGUUUACAGACCCAACUUAUUUCAAUUUGUCUGCCUAUCAAUUUAACUAUUCUAAUGAUUUCAAUUCAAGUACUUUCACUUAUAACACCACUGAAGUAGAAAUGGAUAUAUGUGGAGACAAUUUUCAAAAAGCAUCUAAAAGUAUAAAUGGAUUUAGAAAAUACUUCAAAAAAUCUACGUACUGUCCGGUGAGCCCAAAUUUCAUAGUUGGAGGCAGCAAUUUAUCGAACGAAAUGAAAGCAGUGAGAAUUGUUGUCAAGAAGUGAGUAAAUGGCACUUCGACAAUAGUAUGAAAACCUAAUAGUGAAAUUGAAGCCAAAGCAAGAGAUAUUGAUGUCACUGUCAUUGUGAGCUCGAAGUACUUUGACUUUGAUGAUUAUGACACUCCAAUCAAACAAAUUAUUGAUGAUAAGUUCUAUUUUAGGAUGUCUUCAGGUAUGAGAAAAUACGGAAGAUUGUAUGUUAAAAGGAGUACUGUGUCUCUUUCAGAUAGCAUCUUCCCAUUUAGUUCAGAAAAACAACAAUCAUUCUUGUCAAUUGACGAUUAUCAACAAGAUGGUGAGACUAGAGAUGAUACUGAUCCAUUCCUGAUGAAUUUCGAAUUCAGACAAGACCCCACUGUUGACUCGUAUGAGCGUAGAGUGUAUUCUAUUCUAGAUCUUUUUGGUCAACUCGGAGGAUUCUUUGAAGUACUCGUUAUAUUCGGUGGAGCCCUUGUUCAUUAUUUUGCAUCACAAAUGUAUAACUACUCAUUAUUCUCACAAUUGUAUUGACUUAAUGGAGCUGAUGUACACACUACAAAUGACAAAUCUCAAGUUGCUCCAAAGUCAUCAAAGAAGGAUAAAGGCACUAUCAUCACAAAAUUAAACGAGAAAGAGCAAACUCUCUUACAAACAAUUGAGUCCCGAAUCAACUCAAAACGAAGAUUCCAUUUUACAGUCGAAGACUAUUUCAAGACAUUGGUGCCAUGAUUCAAGACCAGAGCUCGCUCUGAGUUCAAAAUUCUCAGCGACAAACUUUCAGAUGAGUGAGAUCUGACAUCUGUUGUGUGUUCGAUACGGCAUCUCAAAACAUUGAUGAAACUGACUUUGAGCGAACACCAAGCACUGAUGAUGGACUUUGAUUGCAGAAGUAACUAUUUGCAUAAAGAUACCAAAGAUGGCUGAUUUACAAAGCCGAAUGACUUUCCGCAGCCUACACAAGAGCCCUUUGGAAUGGCCAAAACUAAACAAGCAGUAUUAUUGGAGAAACUAAAGAAUUUGGACUACGACAUACUUGAGAGAGAUGCCAAUAUAAUCCUUGGGAUUUCACUAAAGCAUCAGACACUGGUUGAUGAAGCUCAAAGACAAAGUCUACUUAGCAACAAUAGAUCUUCCACAAAGAAUAAAGAGGAAUCAGUUGUGGGAUUAUUUGAAGAAGAAAAGGAAAAUUCAAACCUCCAUAAAGAAUCUGAGCUAUACGAGGACAAAUAGAAAUAUCUAUGAUCAUUCAACAUGUA